AUGGCGGCCCCCGGAGGUCUGGGCCGCUGCGUGGCCGCCUUCUGGCUGGCGCUGGCCUUCGACGCGGUGGGUUUGGCGGUACUGCUGGCCGGGGUGUUCGCCGACGUGUUCUUCGCUGACUUGCUAAUCUACGCGGGCGGCAUCGGCAUCUUCCUCAGCCUCAUCUGGUGGGUGUUCUGGUACGCGGGCAACCUGGAGGUGUCGCCAGAGGAGCUGCGCGACGACGUGGGGCUGGCACCGCCCAAGGGCCGCGGGGAUAGCGUGCUGCGGGGCUUGGUGCACGGCUUCAGCCUCCGCCUCUCUUCAGUUCUCGGCACCGCGUCUCGUUCCCGCCGCGCCGCCGACCUGGAGCUGCAGCGCGCUCGCUGCCCGCCGCGCCGCCCCGCCGACGGCAGCAGGCGAGUGGGGGGGGGCGGCCGGCGGGGGGCCGGACCGAGGCGUGUCCUGCUGGGGUGGGCACGGCCGAGGGAGCUGUGUGAUAAAGCUGGGUUGGGGGAAAAUCGGUCAUUCGUGUCUGGGAACGCAGGAAAUCCUCUCACCUCGUGCUGA